UGGAACGCCGCAGCCGUUCGACAGCUCCUACCGGAGACCUACGGAGCCGCCGCCGUGCAAGGGGUGGAGCGGCACCAUGGAGGAGGAGGAGAAGGGGGACGAGACUCUUCAGGGGCGGCAGCAGCACCCUCGGAGGUGAGCGGCGCUCCAGCGGCAGCAGCGCUCUGGGGCCGGGGGUCUCUGCCCCCGCGCCUUCUCGUGAGCAGCGGGGAACCGGAGCGAGCCGAGCGGCGGCUCCCUCCCCGUGCCUGUCCGGAGGGGAGACACUGCCCGGGCUGCCGCCCACAGAGCCCGGCUAGCGGCCGGAGGAGCGGAGCACCUGCUCCGAGCGCGGCAGCGGGGCUCUCCAGACACACACACGGUACCGGGGCCCCGCCGCUCUCCUGAAAAAGGUAUGGAUAAGAACACAGAUGAAGAGCAGCCUUCAACUGCCUGUAACCAGUACCCUAAGGAAGCAGUGAAGAAACGUCAGAAUUCAGGUCGAGGUUCCGGGGCCAAUGAUUCUUCCAGGACCUUCAGAAAAAGCUUCAGGCUGGACUACAGAUUAGAAGAGGAUGUAACUAAAUCCAAGAGGGGCAAAGAUGGGAGAUUUGUCAACCCGUGGCCAACAUGGAAAUCACCAACCUUACCCAACAUUUUGAAAUGGUCCUUCAUGGAAAAAAAUAACAGCAAUGUGCCACGCUCAAAGCAGGAACUCGACAAAGAACUCCCAGUGUUACAACCUUACUUUGUUCAAGCACCAGAAGAUGCUGGGAAGACAGGAGCUGGUAUGCGAGUCACGUGGCUGGGACACGCCACAGUUAUGGUGGAAAUGGAUGAACUUGUGUUUCUUACUGACCCAAUCUUCAGCCAGAGAGCUUCCCCUCUUCAGCUCUUGGGUCCCAAGCGCUUCCGCGGGCCUCCGUGCACAGUCGCGCAGCUGCCCAGGAUAGACGCGGUGCUGAUCAGCCACACGCACUACGAUCACCUGGACUACAACAGCGUGGCCAGUCUGAACGAGCGCUUCGGCAGCGAGCUGCGCUGGUUCGUGCCCCUGGGGCUCCUGCCGUGGAUGCAGAGAUGUGGCUGCGAGAAUGUGAUCGAACUGGAUUGGUGGGAGGAGAACUGUGUCCCUGGUCACGAUGCGGUGACUUUUGUCUUCACCCCUUCCCAGCAUUGGUGCAAAAGGACUGUGACAGAUGAUAACAAGGUUCUCUGGGGCAGCUGGUCUGUCUUGGGACCUUGGAAUAGGUUUUUCUUUGCAGGAGAUACUGGAUAUUGUUUUGCUUUUGAACAAAUAGGCAAAAGGUUUGGACCUUUUGAUCUUGCAGCCAUCCCCAUUGGAGCUUAUGAGCCAAGGUGGUUUAUGAAAUACCAGCAUGUGGAUCCUGAAGAAGCAGUAAGAAUCCAUAUUGAUGUUCAAGCAAAGAAGUCUGUAGCAAUUCAUUGGGGGACCUUUGCUUUAGCAAAUGAGUAUUACUUGGAUCCUCCAGUUAAAUUGAAUGAAGCUCUUGAGAGAUAUGGCUUGAAAAAAGAUGACUUCUUUCUCUUGCACCAUGGAGAAUCACGGAAUUUGAAUACAAAUGACCGGUUUGAAAACUGAAACAGUGUCAGUUCCUUGUAAGCCCUGUUUGAUUUGAACUAAUGUAACAAUACUAACAUAAUGUACACGACAGAUUUUUGAGAUUGAAUUGGAUUUCUAAAUGCCAGGUUUGUCAGUUUCAGAAUUAAAGCUUGCAUACCAAUUUCAUGACAAAUUUUACUAGUUAUAUUGUUUAUAAAUUUAAAGAGGUGAUCUAAAAGUGGUUUAUAUAUUAAGUGUUGUCUGGAAAUAACUUGCUCUGAUGUACACCACUGAUAAAAAAAUUAUUUUUAAACUCUUCAUCCUACCUGCUGCAGCAAUAAUAACUUCAGCACAGAACAUAUUCUUAGGAUUAAUGGCUGUCUUGAAUUAUUCAUUGUUAGACUGUCAUCUCCCACUUGUUAGUCUUCAGGUUAUGCCCUGUACCUUGAUGUACAAGCUUUGUACAGCUUCACUGUAUGUUUUGUGGGGUGAAGUCUUCCAAUACAGCUGUGUUGUUUAAGCACAAGCAUGUUAAAAUUGUUUUCACUCUUCAUUUUCAUGUAUUAAUGAACCACAAAAGCUGAAUUUUACAUCAAAGAAAUGUGCCUUUUAAAGAAAGAGAUGAUUUAAUAUUGCAUCAUGGAUGUGUAAAACUAACUGCUGGCCAGAAUACCUGCACAUUUUUAUUGUUUUGUCUGUGUUUUUAAGUUAGGUCUGAAUGUGUCUGAAUUGCAGUACUUUAAGUGGAAAAACCUCUUAAUUUCACUUGUCCUUGCAUUAACUCAGCCUUUUUUCUUAGUACCUUCCCCCCCACCCCCAAAAAAGUCUUGAGCAAGGGCUGUGGUGUUUUUUCUAGUAGCUUCCCUAUAAUUUUAAAGUUGAAUGAGAUUACAACAUUGUUCAGUGUUAUAAAACUUGGCCAAAUGUGUCUGUAUCAAAUUGUCUUGCUCAUUUACAGAAUUAAAGCCUACUGUUGCCAAUAAAAAAGGGUUGUUAUUCUCCUUCAUAAUUUCAUUGGCAAAUCAUGUUUUGUUUAUGAUUUCUUCUGGUCUGUGGGAUAUGUGGGUUGGUUCAGGGUUUUUUUUUUUUUUUUUUUGCUCUUGCUGUACAUUUUAUUUUCAUAUCCCACAAAGAUAAAUAUAUAUAAAAAAGACGUAUUAUUUAAAGGCAUGAAUUCUGGCAACUAAUUAAAACCAGUUAAUGAGAUUUCAUGGUAGGAACAACUGAGGUAAUCUUUAAACUAUAGACAGUUAUUAAAAUUGGUUUAAAACUACCCUGUUAUUCAGUGUUGGGGCUGUUUCAGAUGAAGUCUCCUGUAUUUACACAACAGCUUCAAUCACAACUUGGGUGAUACAAUGUAUAUUACCUGUUUGUAAUUUUGUGUAGGACACCAAGCUGCAAGAAGUUUUGAGUACUUUGAAGGACAAGUUUAAGAUUAAAGUUGUUUUUGUUGUGGGUUGUUUUCUUUUCCUGUUUUUAUAAUCAUCUAUAGGUUAUUCUGUAAAAUUACGUACUUCAGAAAGAGUGGAACUAAAAUACAGAACACCUAGCCAAGCAGCCACAGAGCAGAGAUACACUGAGUUACAUGGAUCAGAAACUAAAUGUCAGUAAUGACAUGUUUUGUUUUGGAUUGUUAAUUCACAACACUUGUACCUAGAAUGGUGACCAUUAUGUUCUGCUUGGUGCUGGUAAGAUUCCACCAAGGGUGUUAGGUAGGUGAUAAAAAAUGAGACAUCUUUGCAUAAAGGCACAUUGGAAAGUCUUGCAUGAUUUCAAACAUCUCAACAGCAUUGUUCUAUGAAGAAAGCAUUUAAAAAUAGUUCUUUCUAGACCAGAAAAAGAAAACUGAGACAACACUGUAGCAAGUUCUCGUGUAUUUUUAGAAAAGGUCACUUGUUUGUGUCAGCUGUUAAAGCAAUGGCUAAGAGAUCAACUCUAUCAAAAAGAUGAUACUGAAAAAACUUAUUUUUAGGUUGGAGAAAACGGAAAGGGACAUCUAGACAUCUCUGUUGUUGAGCUUAAGAAACCAUGUAUCAGCUAUACCUAGAACAGACUGGUCCUAAUGUCUGGUCAGGAGAGGAGAGUGGAUAAAUUCUUAGUGUCUGGCCUAGUAUUUACUUUUCUUAAUCAAAUUCAGUAGCAAAAAACAUUAAAUCUACAAAAAGUUGCAAAACAUUAAGUGAUUAUAAUGUAACCUGCUUAUCACAAACUGUACAGUGUUUUAGGAGCAGUGGGAAGGAGGAAAGGAAGUUCACUGUCAAUGCAGCAGUUGUCAAGUUUCUGACUGGGAAUCAUGCCAACUUCUAUUUCUGCCUUAACUGUAUUCCUGGUGAGUUAAAACUACCUACGUGGAUAAAUUAGAUACGUGUAGCUUUACCCCUGUAUUGAUGAGGGCAUGGGCGUGUCACCGUUUCAAGGUCGUAUUUUUCUUGCAGUUUUAGCUAUUUGCAAAGUGACCUUCUGAAAACAAGUAUCUAUUGUAAUACAGAAAGAGAAGAUAGUAAUGUUUUCUAAGAGCAGUGAGUAUGCUAAAUUAGAAAGAUUAAGCACUUGGUAACAAUUUAGGUGAUACAGUUCUCUUAAAAACGGAACAAAGUGGAAAACUUUCCUAGCCUUUACAUCUAACACCUUUUAGUUUCUCUGUAGUGGAAGUUUUUUAGUAGUUUGGUUUUAGAAGUAUUUUCCAGUAUGUUUUGUAUUCAUCAAUGAAACUCUGUUCAGGUUCUUUUACAGUGAUGUUUGUAUGGAUUCCACUUCAUUUUGAAUUAAUGCUGGGUUGCUGACUAAAAGUUUAUGGGGGCUAAUUCUGCAGAAGCACUCAUUUCAGUGAUGUUCCAGUUGCAGAAAAAAAAAGGAGUAAAGAUGUCUAAGGAAAGGAAGCCCAAGGGCUGCUACAGAAUUGGAAGCUUUUGUAAAAAUGUGUAUGAUACUGCUCUUGUAAACUUUUUUAAAAUAAGAAUGAGAAUGCUGAAUUGCAGUUGCAGAUAAUCCUUGACUCCUAAUAAAAUACUUUUUAAAAAAUAUGUCUGCUUUCCCUAAAGUGACAAUUUUAAAGCAAUAUAAAAUCCUUUCAAUUUUUGUUCAAGUGUAGAAACCUUUCACAGUUGUGAUUAAUUGCACUGCAGUUUGGCUAAAUGGAGUUGAUAUACUAAGCAUACAAAAAUGGUGUUUAAGAAUAAAUUCCAUACAGGUACAGUGAAAAAACCUAGGUUUGGUGACUUUAGUAUGCAGCUUUCAUUGAAGAUACUGAUUCUGUAUGAAGCCAAUGAUAGUUUGGUAUUGUUUUUAUUUAAUACUAUUUUGUUAAGAUUCAGCUUUACCAUUUUCAUAGGUAGACUAAAAAAAUAUAAAUGCCUAAUCUCUCUUUAAUGCACAAUUCUAAUGAGGUAUUUAUUCAACAGCUGUAAAUACUUAAAGUAAAAAAAAGGUCUUUGACAUUGCAAAGGAUAUUUUCAUUCACUUCACUCAUCCAUUUAAAAUGUUCAUUUUACAUAUAGAUGUUUUCAUGUUUUAAACUGUUUGCCCCCAUUGCAUAAAUGUAGCAACUGUGCAGUGGUUUAUCAGUAAUAAUUAAGCUAUUGGUUUUCUCUUGCUUGUAAAAAUAUCUGUUAUGCUCUCUGUAUUAAAUACAUGGCAUUCUCUUCUGUAGUAACUAAUUUGCACCCAUUAAAAUGAUAGUAUUUAGGGCUUUUUUUCUCCAUCA